UUUUGAAUAUAAACUUAAAGUAAAUAAAUUAAAAUAUUAGCUCAACAUUAUGACACGUGGCAAUCAGCGAGAUCUUGCGCGUGCUAAAAAUCAAAAAAAAUUAGCCGAGCAGUCGAUGAACAAACGCUCUGAUGGUCUUAGCAUGGAGCAACGCAAAUCCAGAGACGCUCAGCUAAUGCGCGAAAAGCAAAAGAAAAAAGUAGAGCAAGCAGCAGCUGCUGCUCGUAAAGACUAAAAGCUGAUCACGUAUAUAUAUAUAUAUAUAUAUAUAUUCCAGUUCUUAGAUGAGAGCCACAUGCAUUCUCAGCAAUCGGCGUAGCUAACACAAAAUUUUUGUUGGGCAGCGUUACAAAGCUGCAGAGCAGUUGAAGCAAGUGCAUGUUUCGAUUGUCGUUAUUCAAUAAUCAAAUCGAAAAUGAAGAAUCAUCGCUUAUCAAAACAUAUACGAAAUUCAAGCUUAGCUCAAUCAAAAUUUUUAUUUGAAGCAAAUGCAGUUUCGCUUGUCGAUAUCCGAUAAGCAAAUCUAUAGAACAAGCGGAAAUGCAGCAACCUCGCUUUCAAAACAAGCACUUUUUUCUCUAAAUAACUGACUAAAUUAUUUACUCUAAGAUAUAUAUUUUUGCAAAUAAAGCAUCGUUUA